UGAAUAGACACAGUGGUUGUGAACAUUCCUGUUAAAAUGCAGUCGCUCGUAUGGGCACUUGUCUUGGUACAGUGACGCCGGAGCAACGUAUAUGUCUGUAAUUUUGUGUGUGAUGCUAACCUUAGCUUAAUGGCUAAAGCAACACUGUUGGCUAACGUUAGCGGGGCUAUUUCGCUAGGCUCUGCUCUGAGAGAGAGAUUAUGGAGGAUCCUCAUACGCGGUAUAGCAAGCGCCUGCGUACAGGGACGCGGCGCCGCUACCAGGAUGAUGGAAUUUCAGAUGAUGAAAUUGAAGGGAAACGAAUGUUUGACCUGGAUGAAAAGUUGGAAUGUGGGAGGUUUGGCUCUGACUUAGUCAAACAUAUGGACGGUAAAGAUUUUACUUUUGAAUACAUACAGAGGGAAGGGCUCAGAGACCCCAUUAUCUUUGAGACAGCGGAUGGCCUUGGCAUACAAAUGCCAGACCCUGACUUUAGUGUGAGUGAUGUCAAGUUGUUUGUUGGUAGUCGACGCAUUGUAGAUGUUAUGGAUGUAAACACCCAGAAGGGAAUUGAGAUGUCAAUGGCUCAGUGGCGACGCUACUAUGAGACUCCACCAUCAGAAAGAGAAAAACUCUACAAUGUCAUCAGCCUGGAGUUCAGCCACACAAGACUGGAGAAUCUGGUCAAACGCCCAGCUUCGGUGGAUCUCAUUGACUGGGUGGACAACAUGUGGCCCCGCCAUCUCAAAGAGAGACAGAGGGACUCCACGAAUGCCAUUAUAGAUAUGCAUUAUCCCAAAGUACAAAAGUACUGUCUCAUGAGUGUGCAAGGCUGCUUCACAGAUUUCCACAUUGACUUUGGAGGUACUUCCGUCUGGUACCACAUUCUGCGUGGAGGAAAGGUGUUCUGGCUGAUUCCACCCACACCACAAAACCUGGAGAUGUAUGAGAACUGGGUUUUAUCAGGAAAACAGGGAGACAUCUUCUUGGGGGACAAGUGUCAUGACUGUCAGAGGAUAGAGCUCAAGCAGGGAAACACCUUUAUAAUACCAUCAGGGUGGAUCCAUGCUGUGUACACGCCGGAGGACACGCUGGUGUUUGGGGGGAAUUUCCUUCACAGCUUUAACAUCCCUAUGCAACUCAACAUCUACAACAUUGAGGAUCGCACACGGGUGCCAGCAAAGUUCCGCUACCCAUUUUACUAUGAGAUGUGCUGGUAUGUCCUGGAGAGAUACCUCUACUGUCUGACCAGUGUCUCCCACCUCACCCCUGAGUUCCAGAAAUACUCUCUUGGCAUAGGGCUGACCAGGGCUGACCUUGAAACCAGUGAGCACACCGGGAAUGGCACCUCAAAUGGAUUUGACAGUGACACUGAAAUCGUGGAGAUCGAGGUAAAGAAGGAAGUAGUCGAAGAAGUCAAAGAAGAACAGACAGCUGAAGUUAUCAUGCCUCAGCAUGUGCUGACCCCCUUUGAGCUGGAGGGACUAUGGAACCUCAUAGGGAAGCUGGAGGAGCUGCCAACCCACAAAAAAUGUGUCCCUGCAGGCAUUAGGAAUGCUGCAGCUCUGCUUGAGGAUAUGAGGGCUGUUCUGAAGGAGCGUGCCAGUGACAACCACAAGCUAGCCUACACUGGAGAGCCUAUUGUCAGCUGGCCUAAAAGGCCAUCAUGGUACCAGCCACCCACCCCCCCCCCACCUGUUAUUUACCGUCCUCGCUUGCCCCCCCCCCUCCACAAGCCUCUGGGUCAGAGGCCCAACAAACGCUCUUCCAUCUCUGCCUUGAGGCGCAGACGGGUGAGGUGCAAGCGCUGUGCUGCCUGCUGCAGGAAGGAGUGUGGCAACUGCCAAUACUGCUAUGACAUGAGGAAGUUUGGUGGGCCUGGACGUAUGAAGAAGAGCUGUGUCAUGAGACAGUGUCUAGCGCCUGCCUUGCCAAACACAGCACGAUGUGUAAUAUGUGGAGAGGGAGAAUCAGAUGAAUCUAAUCCCAGCACUCAUUCCCUCAUGGAGUGCUCUGUCUGUUCUGACAUAACCCAUCGUCAGUGCGUUAAGGAACCUGGAGAAGGGAAGAUCAAUCAGGACUUGCCCAGCUGCUGGGAGUGUCCUAAAUGUUACCAAGGCAAAGACUCGGCAUCAGAGUCUUCCAGUGAUGAGGAAAGUGAAGAGUCAGAGAGCUCGACCUCCUUGCCACAGUCCAAACUUGCAUACCGGGAAGGCAUCGGUGUGGCCGAUGGUACAAGACGAGGGAGACGUAGCAGAUCCCCAGGCAGACCCACAGCACCACCACCUUCCCAAAAACUACUACUGCAGCAUCAACAGAACCGCAAAAGAGCAAGUGCACUGGAGCUCAGACUUAAAAAGAGGAUAAAACUGGAGCGGAGCAAAAUCUUAACAAAACAGUCUUCUCUAGGCCGUUCUUCCAGGCUGCUGGGCUCCAGGAUGCUAUCCCGGCUGCGCUCUCCAACGAGCAGACUACCUCAGAGCAGAGGCCGGGGCUCCACCUGGGCAAGUGGUGCUCCUUAUCACAACACUCCAAGAGGGACUGGAUCCUUCGAGCAGCAGCAGUCUUCCCUUGGUCUGGUACUUGAGCCCAAAGGAGAGCCUCGCAGAGGGAGGGGAAGAGGUGUGAGGCUGCGGGGGGGAGGAGCAGGAAGAGGCAUCAGAGGCGGUCGAAGCCAUGCAGAGUUAGAGGAGGAGAGUGAGGACAGCAGCAGCAGCAGCACCAACAGCAGCAGCAGUGACGACGAGGAGGAAGAGGAGAGCGUGCAGAACAGCGGGAGGGGAGGGGAUAAAGAGAACCAGCCACAGUCGAGGCGGGGAGGACAAGCAGCCAAAGAAAGAGCGGAAGAAGGGAGUGAGGUGGCCAACCAAAAUGGUGCAGAGGAAGAUGAGGAGGAGGAGAUGCAGCAGGACAGUCAAGCAGGGGACAAAGAUGGCUCAUAUCUUAAAGUGACACUCCAAAAGCCAACCAGAGCCAAGCGAGACCCAUCAGCCAUUGUUCCCAAAUUAGAGGCUAUCGCCCCUCAAACUGCCACUUCCACGAUACACAACCAGACCAGAGCCCUUGUCAGACCCCCCAUUAGAAAUCGAGGUCCCUGUCCUGAUCAACUUUCAAAUAGGCACACACCACCACACACUCGCAGUGGACACACUGACUCCCGCGCUUCUCACCCAGAAAGACUCGAUGCCUCUAAAAGAACAAGAUUGAGCAGGCCGGCGAAACUUAGCAAUGGCGCUUCCUCUUCUUCAACAUCUGAGCUUCCCCAUCUGCGCAUCCCUCUGUCUGCCCUGCAGGAAGGAGGGGGUGAGGCAGACAGGGAGAGCAUCGGGAGUGGCCCGGGAUGUGAGAGGGAGGUGUGGGUGUCUGUCUUCCGUUACCUAAGUAGAGCAGAUCUCUGCGUCUGCAUGGCUGUCUGCAAGAACUGGUACAAAUGGUGUUUAGACAAGCGGCUUUGGGCUCGGAUUGACCUGAGCAUCAAGCGCACUGUUACUCCUCAGGCCCUGACAGGUAUCAUAAAGAGACAGCCAGUCACACUUGACCUCUCCUGGACCAACAUCUCCAAAAAACAGCUCAACUGGCUUGUUGGCCGCCUACCUGGGCUUAAGGAUCUGAUGCUGGCAGGUUGCUCCUGGUCGUCUAUUUCAGCUCUUUGCUCCUCUGGUUGCCCUCUCCUCCGUUCUCUAGACCUGCGGUAUGCUGAUGGGGUCAAAGACUCUCAAAUCAGGGAUCUAGUCACCCCUCCAGGCUGUGACAAUCGCAGCCAAUUGAGAACCAUGCAGUGUUUGCGACUAGCAGGCCUGGACAUCAGUGACUCUACUCUCCGUCUGGUCAUCCGUCAUAUGCCCCAUUUAACAAAACUGGAUCUCUCCCACUGCAACAGCCUCACCGACAACUCCAUCAACCUGCUUACUGCAGUGGGCUCGUCCACCCGAAACACACUCGCAGAACUCAACCUGGGAGGUUGCAGUAAGCUAACAGACACGUGUCUGAAGUAUCUCCGCCGUCUCUCUUGCAUCUCGCUGCUUGAUCUGCGAGGCUGUAAAGGCGUCUCCCGUAAGGCCUGUGAGGCCUUCAUCUCCGAGCUGUCAGUCAACACGCUCUACUGCCUAUCAGAUGAAAAACUGAUCCAGCGGAUAUCCUAAGCGCCUGACUUCUCUCACUGCAGAGGCAAAUUGAGAUGCAAAAGCAGGGACAGUGGAUCCUGAUGUGAAUCUGUGAGACACAAAGGACAGAGGACAGGAAGCUCACAUGCACCUGUGUCACGUAAAAGGAGGGGUGGGGUCUAAACUGGGAGGGCUUACUCACUGGUGGGUUGUCACAGCUGGAGCAAUGCUUCUUUUCAAUAUAUUUUUUCCCAUGUAACAAAAAAAAGAGACUCAGGAGCUUUUUUGCUUUUCUUUUUAGAGUUCAUUUUGUGUGGAAAAAGCAAAAAUUUUUUUGUUUUUUGUUAUGCGGGAAGUGGGAAAGCAUGGGCAAUUAAUUAGCUGUACUAGACUGCACAUCCUGUGGAUAACAAAGUCCUCAACUCGUUUUUAGACAUAUACCAGGCUUGACUCCCGUUCUCCUCCGUUGAGACAGAUAAGCAGACUUUGAGUUUCAUCCUUGGGAUACAUCUGCAUUGUUCUGUUUGGCUGAUACCCCUUAAAUUCUUAUUUAUCGUGUUACACAUUUGAACUUACUUGAUUUCAGCUACAUUUGGGUGCUUCAAGUAGAUAGUUUUUGUCAGGGAGAAAGUGUUUAGUUGUUUGAUAAUUUAUGCUUUAUGCACAGCAGGCAUGCGUUGAGAUUUUUUUAAGACGACUGAAGGUGAAAGAAGUUUCUCCUCAGACAAGCUACUGGAGUGGCCUGUGUAUACUGGAUGAAGUAGUCCACUGGCUUACUUGGUAACUACAAAUGGACACUGAGGGGGUAAGAAGGUAAAAAGACUGUGAAUAGGCAAUCAACAUGGCAACAAGGCCUCACCCCGACAAAGGGCAGGUUGCAUUAAAUGCAGGGGGUAAACCAAGGGUAAAGUGUCAUAUAAAUGGUGCAUUUUCAAACAACAGUUAGACUUCAGGUGCUAUUAUUUCCAAACUCCUCUUGCUUUGUUUUUGUACAGAGACAACAUUUAGAGCAAAAAUAUUCUAGGUGAAACUGCUCCCCCACUCCUCUUUGAUACACCUUUUAUUUUCAUGGAUGAAAAUGUGAUUAUCUACUUUUCACUUGACUUUGUCAAAUUCAUUGUAGAGAUGUAUAAUUUUGUUCUGGGGUUUGCUCAUUUCUUUGUUCUUACAGUGUUAUGGCUCUUUAUCAAAGGUCUCCUCCCAGACUGCUGUCCUGGCCAUAUCCCUUAAAAUGAAUAUAAGUAUAUAAAAAUAUACUUUUGUGUAAAUGUGUUUUUCCUCUUUUAGAUUAUUAAAACGGGAAUCCUGUAGCAUUGUAAUUAUUUUCAGAAGCUUUUUUUUCACUUUAUGUUAAUUGUGUUAUUUUUCAAGUAAAAUAAAAAAAAUUAUAAACAAUG